AGUCAAGACUAAGAGAGAAUGGACUGUAAGAAUGAGCAAAAAGUAUGAACAUUUUCCAAUAGUUUUGGAUCAUUUUUAUUGGCCAAUAGGUCCUUAGAUAAUAAUGUAUAAAUCGCCAUCACACUGCACACUGCCCUAUCCCAUCUGGACAAAAGGAAUACCUAUGUAAGAAUGCUGUUCAUUAACUAAAGCUCAGCAUUCAACACCAUAGUACCCUCCAAGUAGAGGCUCUUGUUAUCAACUGUUGUUCCUUGGCAAACACACUUAUUUCAAAUAGGCAUAUGAUGAUACCGUACUUUUCAGUUACCUGUGGAAAGUAUUAACUGCAGUAAGGUGUGGUCACCUCAUACACCUGAAUGAAAAAAUUCCCAAAUGCCUUUUCAUGACCCAAACGGACUGGUAUAAAACCAUUAUUUGACCUUUUGAUGACAAUAAGAAUUUGAAAUUGGUCUAUGAUACACACCUGGCGAUAUUCAGCACAGCGAUUUGGUAUUUUUAUAUCUCACAAUCGGGUUUUGCAUGUUUAUUUUUCUUUUCUGCUCUAUAUAUAUAGCAUCAUAACCUCGAAAGGUAAUCUCGCAAAUCAACGUUUAUUGUCACGAGUCUUGUCCUGGAGGCAGAACUGAGCGCUAUCCACUUUUGAUUGGCCAGCUACAAGGUCAAAGUUGGUAAUAAAUGUUAAUGAAAACAAAAUUGCUUUUAGGUUUUUAAUUACGUAUUAGGGUUAGCAUUGUGGUUAAGUUUAAAAUGUGAUUUUAUAACUUUGUGGCUGUGUCGGAUGGUGACCACUCUGCAGAGCUGCCCCCAGAACAAGAUUAAUGACGAAAAACGCUAACAGCAUAUUCAUUUCACUCAGUUUCACCAUCUGAAACAGACUUUGGAACAAAAGUUCCAGGCACGCAAUGAGAGUAUUGUACAAGGCAAAGCGUGUAUUAACAUGUGCAGGAUGUGCCUCUGUGCUACUCUUCAUGGCCUACUUCACACCUACAUCAAUAAGGUACUUGGAGGGCUUAAUCCCCAUGAACCGAUGUCAUCUAGCCCCUGGAGAGAAGCUGAAGCUGGGGAAUAGUGUAGAUGCUUCCCUGGACCUUUGGUCCAGAGGGGAUGUUCAGACCUGCACUGACUGGGGAGCCCCUGUGAUCUGGGAUGGAAUGUUUGACCCAGAUCAUUAUGACCAGGAGCACAGGAGGAACCACUCCUCUGUCGCUCUCACUGUAUUCGCUGUGGGCAGGUAUCUAGAUGCCUACCUGGAGGCAUUCCUUUUGUCUGCUGAGCGUCACUUUAUGGUGGCUUUACCUGUGACAUACUAUGUGUUCACGGAUGUUCCCGAGAGGGUACCAAACAUCCAGCUUGGUCCUGGGCGGAGCCUGAAAGUUGUGAGGGUGCAGAGACACUCUCGCUGGCAGGACAUCUCCAUGAUGCGUAUGAGGGCCAUUGCAGACGCCAUUGAGUCACAGAUUCGUCGAUACAGCCGCUACAUCUUCUGCUUUGACGUGGACCAGGUGUUUGUGGGUCGGUUCGGCUCAGAGGCUCUGGGAGACUCUGUUGCUCUGCUCCACGCCUACUACUACCACCGACCACAGAGCCUGUACACCUACGACCGCAACCCCAGGUCCAGGGCCUACAUGGAGACUGGGGACUUCUACUAUCAUGCUGCCGUGUUUGGAGGCUCGUGGCAGAAUGUGAAAAAUAUGACAGAGACCUGUUACCAGACCAUCAUGGAGGACAAGGAGAACCAGGUGGAGGCUCUGUGGCAUGAUGAGAGUCACCUCAACAAGUACCUGUGGCUCCAUAAGCCCAGUAGAGUGCUGUCUCCUGAGUACUGCUGGAGCAGUGACAUUGGUUACCGUGGUGACAUGCAUGUGACCCGCCUGCUCUGGGCAAAGAAAAAAUAUGACACACUCCGGAUUACAGAGUGAGCAAUCAGAACCUGUAUGCAAUAAUCUAAUGAGCAAAAGCCCCUGAAGCUUCAAACAGUUCACAGUGGAUUAUGAAGUAAAAUGUAUUUUAUAAAGUUGUAUUGGGAAUUGUUUUUAUAUAUAAAUAAAAACUCCUGAAUAAAGAACUUGAUCCAACCAUGGCAACCAUACUCUAAGGACUAGAACCGAGCCGUACCGCGGA